CCCUGCGUUCCUGAAUUUCUAAGCUGAGCAAAGUGAGAUGCACGGGAGGCUCCUUGCCUUCCCUGGGAGGCGCCUCUUCUCCUCCCACUCUUCCUGCAACUGCAGAACUGAGAAGCCUGGGGAAAACAUUUUCGUACUUGGUGCUGAGGCCAUCACUGGCCCCUCUGGGUCCUCUCCUCCAUACCCCAGCUCUGCGCUCUGAUCUGCCACCUCUGCUGUUCAGGACAUGGCAGGCCCCACCACCAUCGCAGCCAGCCUAUUGCUCCUGGCCCUCUGUGCUCACUACCUUGCCCUCACAGGCUCUGUGAUCAUCCCCUCUUCCUGCUGCUUGAACUUUAUCUCCAAGAAGUUUCCUGAGAACCGAGUGGUAAGCUACCAGCUGUCCAACAGGAGCGUCUGCCCUCAGGCAGGGGUCAUCUUCACCACCAGGAAGGGCCAGAAGUUCUGUGGUGACCCCGAGCAGCAGUGGGUUCAGAAGUACAUGAAGAACCUGGAUGCCAAGCAGAAGAAGGCUUCCUCUGGGGUCAGGGCAAAGGGUACCAAGGUCCCUCUCAGGAAGAACCCUGGCAAAGGCAAUACCCUGUAACCCCCACCUGGCCUUCAACAUGAGCUUGGCUCUUUAAAGGGUUGCUUGAGACCUGGGGCAACGAUAAGGGAGAAGAGAAGGUUUUCCUGAUUCUUAGCAACACUCCAGGGAUCUGUCUUCCACAAAGAAUCCAAGGAAGCAGACAGCUCUGCUCCCUGGGGGCCGAGCAAUGGAUUCCCAUGUCCUAGGACCUUUUCCUUCCCUGGGCUGGGUGAGAAGAAUCUGGAAAGAGGACCAUGGCAGCCUUUUGCCUUCCUCUUCCUUAUCUGGAGCUGAUGCGUGUCUGACUCUCAGGCGGCAUCAGAGUCCAGGUGCAUGACACCCACGCACCUACAGACGCGCCUUGCUUGCAUGAUAGCCCGAAGCUGGCUUCUUCGCCCCCUGGCCUCUAAUGGGCCUGUCUGGAGAUAGUGACCAGUCAACCACUGCGACUCUCCAGCAUGUUGAAGGAGCUUCAGGCUGGUCCUGCUUCUAGCACUCCGAGUACAUAAAAACCCAACACAAGUGAAGGGGCCCUUUUGCUUCAUUUGGGGCCAGAUCCUGGUCUCCUCGCAUACGUCUUGUGAAAUGUAAUUAAUCAAGUUUUCAGGAGCUCAUUCGCUUUUGUACAUAAUGAAACGGAGGGUCGGGCUGAGGGGCCAGCCUGUGCAGUUUAAUUCCUUUGUGAAGUUAUGGCUUCGAGGAGAUGUUCCACUUUGUGACGUGACAAAGACCUACUUUGCCUUUAAAACUGGGCUUUCUCCACAUUUUGGUGGGGGAGAGAUGGGGUGGGGGUGAAGGGAAGAGAAAGAGCCAUCCAGCUUAAUUUCUAUGCAUGAGAUACUGUGUGAUUUGCUUGUCAAGAAUAUAGAUGUAAUUGCUGUGUUCAAAUAAUAAUUCAAGUAAAAUGUGAUUUCUCCCUUGA